AGUUGGGAAAAAUACGGCAAACUAUCAACUUCAUUAUUGUUUACAUGUGAAUUUAAAAAUAAAAAAUAAUAAUAAGAAGCAAAACUUGAAGUUCGAGUUCAAAUUGAAAAGUUUAUGAACAACGACUUGUUGUGAUUGUACAUUGUUGACAAUCUGCAAUUUAUAAAAGAGUUCUAAGAAUAAUUUCGAUUAACAAAAUUGAACGUGUCGAUCUGAAAUAAAGUAAAAAUUUCAUCGUUUAUUCGUCACAGUGAAAUAAAAUAUUCGUAACGCGAAGCUUAAGUGUACAUACAGUCGAUGGAUAGUUAAAUAUUUUUUACGAUUGUUACAUGACAAUGCUCAAAGUCAUCAAAGCAACUCAUUUUUAUUUCGUUUUUGUAUUUUGUUGAAUUCAAAUUUAAAUAUAUCCAAUGGAAGUGUUUUCACCGGACAUUCUUUGGAUUCUUAUUGUUGGCUUCAUCGUUUCAUUUAUCUUGGCAUUUGGUGUUGGAGCUAAUGACGUCGCCAACUCUUAUGGAACAUCAGUUGGUUCUGGUGUUUUAACAUUUAAUCAAGCUUGCAUUCUUGCAACGAUAUUUGAGACAUCUGGAUCGGUUUUACUUGGUUACAAAGUUUCUGACACAAUGCGAAAAGGAAUUCUUGACGUCAACUUGUACCAAAGUUCAGAGAAAGAAUUAAUGCUUGGAAUGUUGGCUGCAUUAACUGGUAGCGCUGUUUGGCUUCUUGUUGCAACUUUCUACAGACUUCCAGUGUCAACAACACAUUCAAUCGUUGGAUCAACAGUUGGAUUCUCACUUGUUGCCCGAGGAACGAAAGGACUUAAUUUCGCAACUUUAUGGAAAAUUGUGUUAUCGUGGUUUGUGUCACCUCUCAUUAGUGGAGCAAUUAGCCUCAUCAUUCUUACUUUAAUAAGAAAAUUCAUUUUAAACGCCAAAAAUCCACUGAGUGCUGGUCUUUUUGCCCUUCCAAUUAUUUACGGUAUCACGAUUUUCAUCAAUGUAUUGACUGUUGUUCUUGAUGGUUCGAAAUAAAUCAUUUUUAAUGCUAAUAGUUGUGGAACUGACGUUUUUGUUAAAAUUUUAGUGCUUUCGAUGGAAAACCUACCAAUGUGGGAAGUUCUUACUAUAAGCUUUAGUUCGAUGUUCAUUGUGGCGGUUGUUUGUUAUUUCUUUCUCGUUCCAUGGCUACGUAGAAAAAUUCUCAAGGAUGCUGAUAAGGAAUCACCACAAAUGUUUAAGAAUAAAGCAGGUGAAAGUGUUGUUUCUGUUGUUACAGUCUCGACAGCAUCACUUGAUACCCCUGUGUUGAAGGAACAACAAAGAAAUAAUGACGAGGAAAAUGUCAACAAACUUUUCCAUUUUCUUCAAACACUCACAGCAGUCUUUAGUAGUUUUGCGCAUGGGGGAAAUGACGUUAGCAAUGCUAUCGGACCAUUGAUAGCGAUUUGGUUAAUUUACACCGAGGGAUCAGUUUUACAGAAGUCUGAGUCGCCAAUUCUUCUUUUGCUUUAUGGUGGCUUUGGCAUGUGCCUUGGCCUUUGGCUUCUUGGAACAAGAGUCAACGACACUAUUGGGAAGAACAUCACAAAAAUAACUCCAACUACUGGGUUCACAGUUGAAAGCAGUGCAGCUUCGACAGUACUUUUAGCAAGUAAACUUGGUAUUCCCAUAUCAAGCACUCACUGUAUAGUUGGCAGUGUUGCUUUUGUCGGUUGGAUGAAUGCUAAACUGGACGCAGAGAAUAAGGAGAAAAAAGUUGAUUGGCUUCUGUUUCGAUCAAUAAUUUUUGCAUGGUUAAUCACGUUGCCGGCAGCGGGUGCGAUUAUCAUCACUCACGUUCAAAUGAACACGUAA